AUGGAUUCGACAUCGUCAAUUGAUUAUUACCUUCAAGAUGAGGUGUUUCGAAACAGUCUGCAAAACCCGGAAGAGUUCUGGUCGCGCCAAGCCGAGUACCUUCACUGGCACAGAAAACCCGAUAUCACACUUCGCACGACACAUAAGACUUUAAAAGAUGGAGCCACUCAUCCGACAUGGGACUGGUUUCCGGACGGGGAAAUUUCGACUUGCUACAAUUGCGUCGACAGGCACGUUGCUGCGGGAAACGGACACCAACCUGCGAUUCACUAUGACAGUCCCGUCACAAAUACAAAAGAGACGAUCACAUACAACACCCUGCUCAGUGAGGUUGAGACUCUGGCCGGAGUGCUGACAGAGAACGGCGUCAAGAAGGGUGAUGUGGUUAUGUUGUAUAUGCCCAUGAUUCCGGCUGCCUUGGUUGGGAUGCUUGCCGUGAAUCGAGUGGGAGCUAUCCACUCAGUCGUGUUUGGUGGAUUUGCACCAAAUGCCCUUGCGCAAAGAAUUGAGGCGUGUAAGCCUGAUACAUUUCUCACGGCUUCGUGUGGAAUAGUUGGCAACAGGCCGCCGAUAGCCUACCAACCACUCGUUCAAGAAGCUAUGAGGCUUUCAUUCCACAAGCCUUCACAAACAAUCGUAUGGCAGCGCGGCCAGCUGGAGUGGAACUUCAGCGAGUCAAGGUCUGGUUGGUGGAAGCGCGUGUGGCGCUGGAUACAGCAAGUCCUCUUCCGUCAAAGAACCAGCGCUAAAGAAUCAUCAUGGCAAGAGCUCGUGAACAGUGCCAAGUCACGCGGUAUCAAAGCAGACUGCGUACCCGUUCCAAGCCACCAACCUAUCUAUGUUAUGCAUACAUCCGGAACGACAGGGGCGCCGAAAGGAGUGGUGCGCAAUUCAGGUGGCCAUGCAGUUGGCUUACAAUUCACCAUAAAGUAUAUCUUCAACAUCCACGGCCCUGGCCACGUCAUGUUUGCGGCGUCGGAUAUUGGUUGGGUGGUCGGUCACUCCUACAUUAUAUACGCACCAUUGCUUGCAGGAGCGGCUACAGUUUUGUACGAAGGCAAGCCAGUAGGAACACCCGAUGCAUCCGCUUUUUGGAGGGUUGUCGAGGAGUACAAGGUGAAUACCAUGUUUGCGACCCCAACGGCUUUGCGGGCGAUCAAGCAAGACGACCCUGGUAAUAAAAGGCUGUCUGUGAUUGGGGAGCGUGGAGGCUUGCAAUCGCUGGGAGCCUUGUUCCUCGCUGGCGAGCGGUCAGAGCCGAAUCUGGUAUCCAUGUAUCAAGAGCUUCUUGGGAGAUAUGGUGGGAGUGGCGCAAAUGUCAUCGAUAAUUGGUGGUCAACUGAAGCCGGGUCUCCCAUCACCGGCCGGGCAAUUGCACCUCACAUCGGACUAAGAGGAGAGUUUGAGCGGAAAGAAACCCUCCCUCCAAUGAAGGCAGGAAGCGCUGGAAAGCCCAUGCCUGGAUUCGAUGUUCGGGUAGUAGACGACAACGGUGAAGAGGUGCCAAAAGGGUCGAUGGGCAACAUCGUUCUGGCCCUACCUCUUGGUCCGACAGCAUUUAAUACACUGUGGUUCGGCGAGGAGAGGUUUUACAACAGCUAUCUGAAGCGGUUUGGAUCCAGGUUUAUGGAUACCGGAGACGCAGGGUGGGUUGAUCUCGAUGGAUAUGUUCAUGUGAUGGGUCGAAAUGACGAUGUCUUGAACGUCAGUGCAUAUCGACUAUCAAGUGGUGCCAUUGAAGAAGCCAUCUCGGCACAUCCUCAGGUCGCAGAAUCGUGUGUGGUCGCUAUUCCAGACGGGUUGAAAGGCCAACUUCCAUUCGCAUUCAUCUCUUUAUCUAUACAAGAACACUCAGACCCAGCCAUACCUUCAGCAACAAUCACGGCAGAGAUUCAGUCACUCGUGAGAAGUCGGGUUGGUGCUUUUGCUGCACUGGGAGGUAUAGUGCAAGGGAAAUGUAUGAUACCCAAAACAAGGUCCGGGAAGACAUUGCGACGCGUACUUCGAGAAUUGGUGGAAAAUGCGAUUUACGGGGACCUUGAAGGCAGUUUGGAGAUACCAAGUACAAUCGAAGAUCCAAUGGCUGUCGAGGUCGCCAGGAUCAAGAUUCGGGAGUACUUCGAAAGAAACCAGGGCAAACACAAGGCGAUUGAAGCGAGAGGUACGAUAUGA